CAUUUGUUUUUCUUGCUGGUGCUGGCCCCUGCAUCCCGUCUUCUAUCUGCCUCGCUGAGGUGGGUGUUGUGGACGCCGCCGAUUUUGUGAAAAUUAAAAAUUGUGUAAGUCCCGGGCUGAGGAACGGUGCCAUAUAUUGUGCCAUUUGUUAGACAAAGUUCCUGCUUGGUCAGUUCCUGCCGCCCCCGAACGCCACACGUGUUUCCGUGCGACACCGAGCAAAACACGACAAAAGCAUCAUGCAUCUGGGAGCACAAAAACUAGCGCUUAAGCAGAAAGAGGCCAAGCUAGCCGCAGCCUUCCCCAAGGGAAUACAGUGUCAGAAAUGUUUGGAGUUUGGCCACUGGAGCUACGAGUGCAAGGGCAAACGCAAGUAUCUGCACCGCUCUUCGCGGACGCAGUUGCUGAAGACCAACUUGAAGAAGCUGCACAACAAACAGGCCAACGAGGGAAACGGCAGUCAAGCACCACCAGGAACGACCGAUGGCGUAACGAAACGCAGCGGAAAGGAUAAGAAAAAGUCGGGGAAUGCAUCGUCCGGAUCCUCGGAUAGUAGCGAUAGCAGCAGCAGCAGUAGCAGCAGCAACAGCGGUAGCAGCAGCAGCAGCAGUGGCAGUAGUAGCAGCAGCAGUGAUAGCGAUAGUGGCACAGAUAGUAGCACUAGUAGUAGUAGUAGCUCCUCGAGCAGUUCUAGCGGAAGCAGCAGUAGCAGCAGCAGCAACAACAACAGCAGCAGCGAAAACUCCAGCUCCUCAGAUGGGACCGCUGGCAAAGUGAGCAAAAAGAAAAAGCUGCCAAGCAAAGCCAAGGACAGCGGGGCGGCCAACGGAAGAAAGGAGAAAAAGAAAAAGGUUCUCAGGAAACGAAAGCAUGGCAAAAGCAGCGACCACAAAGGCAGCGCCAGUUCGAGCAGCGAAAGCGAAGGAUCCUUGCAGUCGGAAGAGGAGGACCGAAAGAAAAAGAAGAAGCGUCGCAAAGGGGUCGAAUAGGGCGUUUGUGGACGGCGCGUUUUGAAUCUUCACCACCAUCCAUCUCUUCUACGAUUAACCGCUAAAAGUCUAUUGAGUAUCAUACUACUUAACUACUAAUCCUCAUCCUGCCGCCACCAAAGGCAGACGGUAGCGAGACACAUUUAUUCCAUAAAAAAUAAUCGUCUAAAUUGUUGUACAUACUGGGGUCAUGCAGAAGAAGGAAAACAAACAAAAAUUAGAACACAUAAACUACAUGUAAACCAUCGUAAAUAAAACAUAGAAAAGUAGCGCAACAUUA